CCGAACUCACUUAAGUCUGACAGGCAGUCAUCCAUCAACUUCUCAGGAUAACACACACACGGACAGCUCAAUCGAUUGUGCAUAGGGAACAAUCCGAAACAACUUUUCUCCAUCCAGAUGAAUAACUCGGGAGGUCGGAGACUGAAGCAGUGGCUGGUGGAGCAGAUCCAGAGCGGCCAGUACUCCGGACUGCAGUGGGAGGAUGAAAGCCGCACUAUGUUCCGAAUUCCCUGGAAACACGCUGGAAAACAGGAUUACAACCAAGAAGUAGAUGCGUCAAUUUUUAAGGCCUGGGCUGUGUUUAAAGGCAAGUUUAAGGAGGGGGAAAAGGCUGAGCCUGCAACAUGGAAGACAAGACUCCGCUGUGCCCUGAAUAAAAGCCCUGACUUUGAGGAGGUGACAGAAAGGUCCCAGCUGGACAUCUCUGAGCCCUAUAAAGUCUACCGCAUUGUACCCGAGGAAGACCAGAAGCAUGGCAAAAGCUCAUUGAUGACCAUGACAGCUACCACCAGCUCUGUUGAUAUCACUGACAUGGACUGCAGCCCUGCAGAGAUAGAAGAGCUCAUUAAAGAGGAGGAAGGCUGUAGUAUACAGGCCAGUCCAGAGUACUGGUCCCAGGGCAGCAUCAAUGCUUUCCCUCUGCAUCAAGAGCCUUUGCCAUCAGGCAACCUAAGCUCAGCUUUCUCCCAGAUGAUGAUCAGUUUCUACUAUGGAGGAAAACUGAUGCACACCACGCCUGUCACUCAUCCUGAAGGCUGCCGGAUCUCCCCACAACAGUACCUGGGCCGUGGACCUCUAUACAGUUCAGACAGCAUGCAGAGCGUUCAUUUCCCUCCGGCUGAGCUCAUCGAGUACGACCGCCAGCGCCACGUCACACGGAAGCUAAUGGGCCACCUGGAGAGAGGUGUCCUGGUCCGCGCCAACCAAGAGGGCAUCUUCAUCAAACGGCUGUGCCAGAGCCGAGUCUUCUGGAGCGGGCUGGGAGAAGGCGCCUCACAAUACAGCCCCAUGCCAAGUAAACUUGAGAGGGAUGCUGUCGUCAAGAUCUUUGACACCGGAAAGUUUCUUCAAGCUCUACAGAUGUACCAGGAGGGUCAGUUUCCUGCUCCUGAUCCGACAGUGACUCUGUGUUUCGGUGAGGAGCUGCAUGAUCUGAGCAAUGCCAAGAGCAAGCUGAUUAUUGUGCAGCUCAUAGUGGUGAACUGCCAGCACCUGCUGGAGGCAGUGAACAUGCGGCGCUCCCAGCCCUACUGCAACAACCCAAACCUGGAGAUGUGUGAUACUGCUGCCAGUGACCAGAUGGCCCGCAUCUACCAGGACCUGUGCAGCUACAGCGGCCCCCAGAGGCCAGCCGGCUACAGGGACAACGUGCCCAUCACUGCCUGAGCUGUGGGCAGCAACACGCCGACCGGGAGCUUCUCAGCGUGGACCACACUGAAUGUACAACAUAGUAGAGACAUUUCAUAUUCUCCUAACAUACUCCAACAAGGUGAUUCAGGUGAAAGCCUUUAUUACAGAUAGUUUUGUUCAGUUCAUACCAAUCACAGCGGAGAUAUAAAUAUAAGGAGUAAAGCUCUUACAGUAAAACUUUUAAAAUGCAGGAUGUGCCUAGUAUUCUGUACAUCAGUAAUGUAUUUUGUGUACAUACAGCUCUAACACAAACUCUGUCUAACUUCUGCUUUUAUAUUAUAAGAGAGUGUUCUAAUUUAGCUCAAGAGACAUGGUGGUAUAUUUGUAUAUGCUACAUACAACUCAAGAACAGAUAAUAUAUAAAUAUAUAUACAUACAUACAUAUUGUUUCCAUCAACAAAUUUCUCAUAAUAUGUAUAUUAUGAGAAUAAUUUGCAUAUAUAAAAUGUAGUCGUCAAAGCUGAAUUACAUAUUUUUGUGUGUUUUCCAUUUAGAUGGAGGGGUACUUCUUCAGAUAUUUUUUUUUACAGUAAAUGAAAAAUCUUUGUAUGACUUCAUAACAAAUGUAAUGUCAUCUGAAAUGCAAUGUUGUAUAAUAUUACAGAUAGGUUUUACUAUCGAUUGUUUUUAUAAACUACAUUCCUAGUAAAACUAAGUUUGUACUGAACUACAGAUGCUUGUAUUUAUAAUAAUGUUGUUGUUUUGUUUCAUUUUGAUUGCUUAACUAUUGCAAAAUGUUCCCCAUGAUGAACCCUGUUUAAACUCAAUAACCACAAAUUACAUAUGGUACAUGGUUUACAUUUCUGUCAACAAUUUUCUAAAGCAUUCAAUAUUGUCCUGGUAUUGAUCUCAACCAUUUCAUAUUUCUGUACAGUAUUAAAAUCAAUUUGUGGAACUAUGAA